UAAUGUUUGCAUACUCGACAGAUCAGCUUAAAGCCUUAUAUUGAAAGCACACUUCGUUGUUGGCUUGGCUUUUGGAUGUCUCGUGUGGGUGGGGGUUGACAAAACAUUGAUCAAGUCACGCUAGAUGUAGCGGAAAAUAUCUCCUGGUACUAUAUGAUAACUUAUAAUGGCUGGAAUGUCACUGGAUUAUCACGCAGAAGAUUGAGAGGUCAUAUCCAAUUCUUUUCAAGAUGGCGAGUUCCUUAGGACAACUACUUACAGAAGAAGAUUUAGACUUUGCCAGACGCCUUGUAAAAUGUUUGAAAUCCUCAAGUAACUACGAUGAAACCAUGAUCCGAAAUAUUCUGGACAAUAACUGGGACACUGAACCUCAAAUGGUCUCGAACUUGUUGCAUUUUCCUAGUGUAAUACCAAAGGAUCUUCGAAUCCCGUCACUACUUCGAGGCUUGCAAGAGACGAAGAGACUGUACUAUAUACUAGCAGCAUCAAACGGACUGCGUAGUCUCGACUUAUCAAAGGAAAACGAUGUUUCAAACAUCAAAGAAAAGCUGAAAGAGGCAACACUGAAGCCCCAAGGUGAUAUAGCAAUACAUGCCUUUAUGGCGCUGGGCAAGUUGCUUCACCAUCCUGAAGACACGGAGUUUGUUCUACGUUUCCUUCACUGUGAUAAAUCUACACUGCAUUAUAAUGCCCUAACAUGGAUACUGACAAAUGUUCAAGAUAAAAAAGAAGUUCGAAAGAUACUUGAAAAUUCAGCUGUACCAACGGAUAUCCGAGAAGAGGGUCUGGAAAGACUGGAAUCUGAUCUUAUUGAAGUAGAUCUUAACCAGAACGCAGCAUUUACUUACACACCAAAUUUGGCAGACUUUGAAGCAAUGCGUCAUAAGGAACAGACACUGUCAGAAAUAUUCACAGAACUGGACACUGAUCAAGACGGGAAAAUAGGGGCUGAAGAAUUGCUUUCAUUUUGCGAGGACAUUGGAAGGGUAAUGACUUUAGAAAAAGCACAGAAAGAUAUCAAACAUUAUGAUGGAGAUAAAGAUGGGAAGAUAGUUAAAGAUGAAUGGAUUGAACUUAUGUUUCCACAAUUUAAUGUGCAAUAAUUCGUGAAAUUGUCGAUUAGUUUUUAGCAGUAAAUUGACACGAGUUGUUCAUGGCAAAAAUUAAUAUGGUAGAUGCAGCAGAAUCCGAGAUAGGGAUUCCCAAAGCAACGGAUUUUAAGUUGUCUUGAGUAAGAUAAGGCAAUGGUUAGCCAAUUACGAAUAACUAAAUACCUGUUGUAGAAUAGAGUUUAUAUUGGGCAAAAUAUCAUUGUUUUAACUUCUUCC